AUGAUGCUAUCUCUAGGUUCUGAUGCAACUGUGUUACCUUUUCAUGCUAAGAAUCUCAAAUUCACUCCAAAGUUAAGUACUUUGAAUGGUGAUUCAACAUUUAGCAAGGGUUUGGGUGUUGGUAGAUUGAACUAUGGAAGUGUUAGGUUGAAUCAUAAGCAGCAUGUGAGAGCUGUUGGUAAGAGUUUUGGUGCAGAUGAGAAUGGAGAUAGGUCAGAGGAUGAUGUUGUUAAUGCUACAAUUGAAAAGAGCAAAAAGGUUCUUGCUUUGCAAAGGGAACUUAUUCAACAGAUUGCUGAAAGAAAGAAGCUAGUUUCUUCUAUAGAUAGUGACAACAUUCCUGGAUUGGAAGGAAACGGUAUUUCUUAUGAAAGUGGUGAAAAAUCUCUGUCAAGCGACUCAAAUCCACGGAAAGGUUCUUCCAGCAGCGGCAGUGCUGUUGAAAACCAAAACGGUGGCACUGUUUUCAGCAACUAUGUCCGAUCUAAAGAAAUGGAGACAUGGGCUGUUUCGUCUGUUGGCAUUAGUCAAGAUUUUGAUGAAAUUAAAAAGAAAAACGACGCUGAAAUGGCGUCGUCUAAGCUACACUUCGAUGAACAAAUUAAAACCAAGUUGUACGAGAGACCUGAUACGAAAGACAUUUCAAGUAGCAUCCGAACUUCUAGCCUAAAGUUUGAAAAUUUCGAAGGUGCGAGUGAAUCAAGUUCAAAGGAGGUUGCCAAUGAAGCUGAGAAUUUCGAGAGCGGUGGUGAAAAGCCACCACCGUUGGCUGGGACCAAUGUUAUGAACAUUAUAUUGGUUGCUGCAGAAUGCGCUCCUUGGUCGAAAACAGGCGGGCUUGGAGAUGUUGCUGGAUCACUACCGAAGGCUUUGGCUCGGCGUGGACAUAGAGUUAUGAUUGUUGCACCUCGUUAUGGUAAUUAUGCUGAAGCACACGAUAUAGGAGUACGGAAGAGAUACAAAGUAGCUGGUCAGGACAUGGAAGUGACAUAUUUCCAUACUUAUAUUGAUGGUGUCGACCAUGUUUUUAUUGAAAGUCCAAUAUUUCGCAAUCUAGAGAGUAACAUAUAUGGCGGAAACCGAUUGGAUAUUCUAAGGCGCAUGGUGUUGUUUUGCAAGGCAGCGGUCGAGGUUCCUUGGCAUGUUCCGUGUGGUGGAAUUUGCUAUGGAGAUGGAAAUCUGGUCUUCAUAGCAAAUGAUUGGCAUACUGCAUUGCUGCCGGUGUAUCUGAAAGCAUAUUAUCGCGAUCAUGGUUUGAUGAACUAUACACGAUCCGUUCUCGUGAUUCAUAACAUAGCUCACCAGGGUCGGGGCCCGGUCGAUGAUUUCAACACCGUGGAUUUAUCUGGAAACUACUUGGACCUUUUUAAAAUGUACGACCCUGUUGGAGGUGAGCACUUCAACAUCUUUGCAGCCGGGUUGAAAACUGCUGACAGGAUUGUCACCGUCAGUCACGGUUAUGCGUGGGAGCUUAAAACUUCUGAAGGUGGUUGGGGUUUGCAUAACAUCAUAAAUGAAAAUGACUGGAAAUUUCGGGGAAUUGUGAACGGUGUCGACACAAAAGAUUGGAACCCUCAAUUCGACGCUUACUUGACAUCAGACGGCUACACUAACUACAACCUGAAAACCCUACAUACUGGCAAGCGUCAAUGUAAGGCAGCUUUGCAGAGGGAGCUGGGUUUGCCUGUCCGUGAGGAUGUUCCGAUAAUUUCCUUCAUCGGAAGGCUUGAUCACCAGAAAGGUGUUGAUCUUAUAGCCGAAUCAAUUCCUUGGAUGAUGAGCCACGAUGUUCAACUAGUCAUGUUGGGAACAGGAAGAGCUGAUUUAGAAAAAAUGCUAAAGGAAUUCGAAGCCCAACACCGCGACAAAAUUCGAAGCUGGGUUGGUUUUUCAGUUAAGAUGGCUCAUAGGAUAACGGCAGGUUCAGAUAUAUUACUCAUGCCAUCAAGAUUCGAGCCGUGUGGACUGAAUCAACUUUAUGCGAUGAAUUAUGGAACAGUUCCUGUUGUACACGGGGUAGGCGGACUCAGAGACACAGUGCAGCCUUUUAACCCGUUCGAUGAGUCGGGUGUCGGUUGGACGUUUGAUCGCGCCGAAGCUAACAAGUUAAUGGCGGCAUUAUGGAAUUGCUUAUUGACUUAUAAGGAUUAUAAGAAGAGUUGGGAAGGGAUUCAAGAAAGAGGGAUGUCCCAGGAUCUUAGUUGGGACAAUGCUGCUCAACAAUAUGAAGAGGUUCUUGUUGCUGCCAAAUACCAAUGGUGA